CGCAGUGGAGCAUUACUCUCUUCGCUUAGUUGUAAGUGUUUUGUUAAAAUGGCAAGAACCAAGCAGACUGCUCGUAAAUCUACUGGUGGCAAAGCCCCCCGGAAGCAGCUGGCUACUAAGGCUGCACGUAAAAGUGCUCCGGCUACCGGUGGCGUGAAGAAGCCUCACCGCUACAGGCCAGGGACUGUGGCUCUGAGAGAAAUCCGUCGUUAUCAGAAGUCUACCGAGUUGCUGAUCCGCAAGCUACCUUUCCAGCGGCUGGUGCGAGAAAUCGCUCAGGACUUCAAAACGGAUCUGCGCUUCCAGAGCUCUGCCGUUAUGGCGCUGCAGGAAGCGAGCGAGGCGUAUCUGGUUGGGUUGUUCGAGGACACCAAUCUGUGCGCCAUUCACGCCAAGAGGGUGACCAUCAUGCCCAAGGACAUCCAGCUGGCGCGUCGCAUCCGCGGAGAGCGCGCUUAAAGUUGAGCAGGCGGCUAUCAAACUUCGGAAACCCAAAGGCUCUUUUAAGAGCCACUUCAUAAGUCCUACAAAAGCAAAAUCUCUAUAGGUGGUGUUGCAUCAGUCUAAACACGAUUAUUAUUGUGGUUGGGGGGGGGUUGUCAUAGUUUCCACAGUUGCGUGUUUCUUGCAGGCAGUAUGGAAAUAAGACGUAAUAAAUUUAAUUCUGUUUAGUACGUAAGCUAUAGCGUAAGUACUAAUAGCUACACCUCUCGAAAAUGUCAAUUGUCUAAUGUGCAAACCUACACGGUAGUGUACGUUGUACUAAUGAGAACAGCCGCGGGUUCUCGUUCACGUGCAGUGUAUUUAGCGCGGGCAUUUUAGGAAAUCGAUUAAAAAUGAACAGCUCAAGUACGACUCGCUUCCCGUUGUACCGCAGAGCCGAUGAAAAUAAUCUUUUAUGACUAUUGCGCGUGCAUGAGUGUGGCACUGAGUAACUUGCAGGCAUUACAAGUUUUGUGCUUUUGCUAUUGCUGUCUGCGUCUCUUAUCGUGUUCUGCGAGGGAAACCCUGUGACUGAUAGCUGGUAGUUCAAUGGGUGGAGUACCGAGGGGACGACGGCAGGUCGGUAUAGCGGUAACUUCCUCUGGUUUGGGGAUACAGCUUGUUUCAGGCUGUAUAGUGCAGUACUUCUGCUGAUAAUCUUACCAUGAUCUGUCACCCCUCCGCUGUCUUUUACAGUUACAAAACACCUAAUUAAAAAUAAAGCGACAACACUGCACUUUAGCAUAGAUCCAAUAUGUCAAUUUAAAAUCCAUAAAUAUUCAGUAUGCUAAUUGUCCCAGUUUAAGUAGUUGUUGGAUUUUACUUCAGUUUUUAAUCUUGCUCUGUUGACGAGCUUUUGUGCAUCUAACUACCGUCACCUGCCGGCAGAGAAGAAUUUCACCAGCGCAUUUCUACGGCUGUUUGACAAAAUUUGUUAUAGAUUAUUUAGUCACAAUACAUACUUAUUCUACCUUUGAAGAAGCAG